CGCACUGCAGACAGACGGCACGUCAUCACACCGCAGCAGCUGACUGCGACCGCCCUAUAUAAACCGGACCGGCCGGGAAACUGCACCAGACACGUGCAAUACUCAGCAGUGAAGCCACAUCAGUAGCAGACUCAAUCACCAGAAUGUUUCGUACGACGCUGGUGCUGUUGGCUGUGAUGGCCUGCGUCCAGGCGCGGCCCCAGCUGCUGAAUCAGGGCGUACCCGUGAGUCCCAGCUCGUCUGGCACGGCCAACAGUGGCAUCACCAAGGGCGAGACCGUCCUGCCAACUGGUGGAGUGUCUACUCUCGUCCAGCAGCAGGCCGCCACCGGAGGACAGGCGGCCAGCGGAGGCUCCAACAUCGGCUCUGCCUCCGGCAACACCCAGAGCCAGACGGGUCUCCUGGGAACCAGCAGCUCUUCCAACACGAACGCCCAGUCUGUGCAGAACGCAGGCCCGACGUUUGGCAACUUUGGAGGAGGUUUUGUCAUGCCGUCUUUCCCGGCUAUCCCUGGCUUCGGUACCGGUAGCGCUCAAGGCCAGUCAGGCAGCAACAUCGUGAAGGGGGAAACCAUCGGACCUCACGGCGGCUCGACAAACAUCGUCCAGCAACAGUCGGGCACCGGAGGACAGGCUUCCAACGGCGGAUUCAACGUCGGCACAGCCUCCGGCAACACCCAGAGCCAGACGGGUCUUCUCGGUACCAGCAGCUCGUCCAACACCAACGCCCAGUCGCAGCAGGGAUCUCUUCCAGGUUUCGGCACCUUUGGAGGCGCCUUCCCUGCUGUUCCACCCUUCCCAGGUUUUGGCCAAGGAAGUGCUCAGGGUCAGGCUGGCAGCAGCGUCAUCAAGGGAGAAACCAUUAACCCAUUCGGAGGCUCGUCCACCGUUGUCCAGCAACAAGCUAGCACCGGCGGUCAGGCGGCCAACGGCGGCGUCAACGUCGGUUCUGCCUCCAGCAACAACCAGAACCUAAACACUCCCCUUGGCAGCAGCAGCUCCUCCAACACCAACUCUCAGUCCUCGCAGUUCACCAACCCUGGUUUCGGAGGAGUCCCGGGUCUGCCGGGCCUUCCAGUGAUACCCGGUUUUGGCUCGGCCACCGGUACCGCUGGCAGCCAGCUGACCCAGGGCAAGACUACCGGACCGGACGGAAGCCAGACCACCAUCACCCAGCUGGGCUCUUCGGCCGGUGGCAGCGCCUCCAACGGCGGCAGCAGCGUCAACCAGGCCUCCGGCAGCACGUCCAGCAUUGACGGCGUCUCUGGCUCGCAGACCCAGUCCAACUUGAACUCGCAGUCCGUUCAGACCGGGCGGUGAACAGUAAAGUCUUUCAUUCAUGCACCUGUCUUAGUGAUUCGUACAUGGUCUUUGGCCUUCUAGCAAUGGGAUUUUCCAUCGAGGUUGGAGGGCAUCAUACUCUAGUACGACGAGGCGAUGUUGCACUGUUUUAGUGCUCGUAUGUGUUCGUUAAAUGCGUCCUUGCGUUAAUGGCGCGAUUGUCGUUGCAUGUGAUACGUACUGCGUUAUACGCAUGCUGCAAUGACCCAAUACACUGAAAGUUGUGCAGAAA